AUAGGAAGUGUUCGAAGCCUUGUGGCUUAAAACACGAUUAUGGUUAUUCUGUUUCCAUUUGUAUAGCCUCCGUAUAUGCCUACAACAUGCAUGCAGUAUCACGUCAAUAGACCAGUUCGUAUAGUUACAUCAUGGACAAUUUUGGUCAAAUGACCUUUCAUUGUUUUCAUUAUGAUAGGCAGAUUUCAAAGCAAGAUAUAACAUAUGCAUAUGCCUUACAUAGCAGGAUGAAGGAAUUGGAUUAUACCAGGUGACUAGAAUAGCACACCAAUGAACACUCCAUGAAGGUAUUUGUUGCAUUUUUACUUUGAAUGCAUAUUAUAGCAUGCUGUACAAUGUACUUGGCAAACCGUGGAAUACCAGUCGUUCGUGGACGCAUUUUUGUUCUUUUGGAUGUAAAUGAAAAACACAAUUCAAAAGAAUAUAUGAUUAAUCAAGACACCAAAGUUGGUGCUUAGCUCAUUAAAUUUUAAACCACCAUGUCACUUUCGUACCAUGACCUUCCUCUGAUCAUGCGCAGAAUGGAACUACGAACUGGCUUUUUGGCUGAUGGUGAAAUAGGGACAGAAUCACCCACGAUCAUGAUGACUGGUGCCAGUGACCCUGGCUCAAAGAACAAAGUGGCCAUUCCUCGACAUCUUGGACUCUUGGAUUGUAUAUGGCACUUGAUUGGGGCAAUCAUUGGCACAGGGAUCUUCAUCUCUCCGGCCGGCGUCCUUCGUGGUGCGGGAGGAUCCGUAGGCCUAUCCUUCAUCCUAUGGAUAGCAUGCGCCAUCAUCAAUUCGUGUGGCGCCCUCACGCUAGCUGAACUGUCUGUCGUCGUGAAGAAGUCUGGAGGAGACUUCAGCUUCAUCCUCCAGGCAUGGGGACCCCUGAUGGCUUUCAUCAGGCUCUGGGUAAUUCAGUUCAUCAUUGCCCCAAGUGGUGGAGCCAUCGGGGUAAUGACCAUCUCACGUUACUUGUUGACCCCCUUUUUUCAGUGCGUGGAAGUACCUGUAAUGUUGUUCCGCAUCGUAAGCGUCAUCUGUCUUUUGUUUGUGGUUGCAGUGAACUGUAUCAGCGUUCGUUUGGCGUCCAAGGUGGCUGGUAUUCUAAGUGUCACUAAGGUGGUUGGUCUGAUCCUCAUAAGUGUAACCGGAGUACAUUACCUCACACAGGGAAACACUGAACAUUUUCAACACGCAUUCAAUAUUGGAUCCUAUGACGUCACCCUCCUUCCAACUGGUCUUCUAUCAGGAAUAUGGGCGUACAGUGGAUGGAGUGUCGUCACUGGAAUUACAGAAGAAGUGAAGAUCCCACAAAGGAAUAUUCCAUUGAGCAUCGUCAUCUCGAUGUCAUUGAUCACGGCGGUAUACCUCAUGACCAACGUCGCCUACCUAACCAUCCUCUCACCCAGUCAGAUAAUGAACUCAGAAGCAGUGGCAGCGGACUACAGCGUGUUAGCUCUUGGAAUCAAAUGGUCGUGGAUUAUCUGGUUAUUUGUCGCCCUCUCCGCCCUGGGAGGUCAAAACAGUGGUCUUUUUACAUCGGCAAGGGUAAGAUUUGCUGCUGCGAGAGAGGGCCACUUUCCAGAAAUCUUCUCUAUGGUUUCCAUUACCCGCUUGACUCCUCUCCCCGCCAUCUUGUUUGCCGUCGUUAGUCUCGUCUACCUCAUCGAGAACGACAUCAUCGUGUUGGUGGAAUAUUUAGGAUUUGCUGAUGUCGUAUUCGAAACCAUCACCGUGGCAAUAGUCCCUUAUUACCGUUGGAAGUACCCAAAUCUUGACCGACCGUACAAGGUUCCUCUUAUUGUGGCGUUGCUGUAUCUUGCUACGUUGAUUUUCAUCGCAUCCAUGUCUCUUUACGCUGACCCUGUUAAGAAAGGCACUGGUCUACUUCUUGGGUUGAUUGGAAUUCCAAUUUAUUAUGCCCUAGUUCAUCCGAAAUACAAGAUCAAGUGCAUCAGACCUAUUUCGGCAAAGAUAACGAGAUUUCUCCAAAAAGUUCUCUAUUGCGUGCGACAGGAGAAAAAGACUUUCUGAGUCCAUAUCCACCAUCCCCGAUCGAACAAACUUGAUGGAUGACAUGUUCUUUGUAUUGAACGAGGUGAUGCUGACUUUCUUUCUGAAAUAUCAAUAGGAAGGUUUUCUUGCUCCACGACCCACGACGGAUUCAAGAACACAGUAAAUGUAUUGAAAAUGCCCAUCAAAAUGACAAAGAAUAGCUGGGGUGUAUUUGUCGGACCGGACAUUGUUGAACCAGAACAACACUUUCAUCCUAAGUUUCGGAGCUGACAAAAAUGUGCAAAUUUGUCGUUUGUCCAGGACGAAACUGCUGUUUUGAUACACCAAUUAAUUUAGACCAAGACUUGGUUGUUCAUUGUCUUGAAGGGCAUUUGACAACACAUUUUCUAUGUUCUUGAAAUCGUCGUGCGUCAUGGAGCGAACUCCCUAUUUUAUGUUUUAGAAGUACUUAAAAAGAAUUGAUGGAUAUUUUGCAUGUACCAUGCCUGCCGUUUAGUUCACUAUAAAAAACAUUCAAUGUUAGAGAAUUGUAAUUGUUUAACUUGUUCAUCACGGUGUCAUCAGAUUAGUCUGGUUUAUAUAAAUGCAAUUAUUUAAUGAUUCCUUAUUACAUAUUGUGGAAAUGCUAUAUGUUAUUGAAGAAGUAUAAAACAGUUAUAUUGAUUAUAAGGGCUUAUUAGUAUAUGUAUAAGGGCUCCCCGGAGGACGGCUCCCCUGGAAGACAACUCCCCGGAGGACUGGUUCCCUGGGGGACAUCUUCCCCAAAGGACAACUCCUCCACAUGACAUCUCACCCAAAGGACGGGCCCCUCAAGGACAAAUCCCCCGGAGGACCCCCCCCCCUCCCGUGGUGGAAUCGAUGCAAAGUCGUUAUUUAUGCAUUGCAUCGUAAGCUCCAUGGUCCCCAGGGAGUGGAGUUUGUGUAUCCCCAAAAUGAUGUCAAUGGCUGGACCGUUAUUUUGAAACAUUUCAAGAAAUCAUUUACCUACCUAUUCAGUAAAAUAGAUGUAGGAAAUAGGAGAAUAGCAACAGCCUCUUGAGGAAGCCGGCUUUGGUUGUGUAAGCAAAGAGAAAGGCGAACAUACAUUCCUAGCAAACAAAUAUAAGGAAUUAUUUCAAGCCCUGCAACAUUAUUGUGUAUGGAAAUUCCGGGGAAUGGAGGUAAAGGUCCUAUAUGUCACCAAAGGAGACAUCUAUGUGACAUCUCAGAGACUAUACAGUCGCGGAGACGUCUCCAACAUAAAAAUUGGUUCCGUCUAAACCAAGGAGACGUCUCUGUGACGUCUCAGAAACGUCUCCCGAGACAAAGUGUUAGCAUUUUGCCGGACAAUCGUGGGGAUGUUGCUGCAAAGUCUCCAACUAGUCGGUGCGACACGUCUAAAACUUUUUUUAGUCGCAGAAAUGUUUACUAGACGUCGCAGCGAAAAGUGUUGGAGACUUCGUGGCAAUGUCCCCACGACUGUCCCGCACAGUGCUUGUCAUCUUGUUUACAGACGUCUCCCUUUAGUAAGAUAUGGCCUUGGGUCUCAUCAGUCUUCCUAGUUCCAACAGGUCUCCGCGAUGUCUCUGAGAGGUCUCUCAGACUUCACAGAGACAUCUCAGCAACUAGCCAAUUCUGGAGUCGCAAACUAGUCGCAAAGUAGUUACAAGCCCAUACCCAUAAAGACCAUGUCACGCCUAACCUGGUCAAUAGUUGCCACCCCUCUCAGUCAGCCUCCAUCCCCCUCGCUCCACUCCAUGGACACCUUGUUGAUUUAUUUCGCAUUUGAAAUAUUUCUAACGUAUUGUGAUUGUGACAAACCAGAGAACUCCUUGAAACAAUGUCAUACAGGUGGCAUUUAGCCUGUUUUAUGUUAAUUGUAAACAUUUACGUAACGUAACGGGGGG